AUGCAGCUCCGUCCGGGGGCCUCAGUGCUGCGCAGCGCCGUGGCCAGAAAUGGCUCGAUGUUGACGAGGACGGCGAUAUCGACGAGGACGGCCGUCUCGACCGCUACGGUGGCGCCCGCGUGCAUGCUGUGUAGGCAAUUGACAGUCUCGCGAGGCCCCACGAGGAUACACCGAGCUGCUCUGCACACAAGCCCGCGCCGAGAUUCGGCCUGGGCUGCCGCUGUGCAGGUCGCCUCCAAUGUCGUGGGAAACGUCGUCAAGAAGGCUGCCAAGGACGGCAUGACGGUCGAUCCUCUGCGCACUGUAGCGAAGGAAAUGAAGUUCCUGACUGGCAACAUCCGCAAGCUGCUGGGCUCCGGCCACCCGUCACUCGACCGCGCUGCCAAGUACUACACCCAAGCUGAGGGCAAGCAUGUUAGACCCUUGAUCGUCCUCCUCAUGAGCCGCGCCACCUACUUGUGCCCAAAGUCGACCAUUCCCCUCCCCACCCACGUCCACGGCAUCGACUCGUCCAUAUCUCCCGUCCAGAUCCUCGCCGAUGUCAAUCCUUCGGCUGGCAUGUCGCCGCCCGCCUACGCCGACAUUGAGGUCCCAGAGGCCAAUUUGGAUAUCCUCCCCAGCCAGCGACGCCUCGCCGAGAUUACGGAGCUGAUCCAUACAGCAUCUCUGCUCCACGACGAUGUUAUCGACCACUCCGUCUCCCGCCGUGGAUCCCCCUCCGCCAAUCUCGAGUUCGGAAACAAGAUGGCCGUUCUGGCAGGCGAUUUCCUGCUUGGUCGAGCUUCAGUUGCGCUGGCGAGACUCCGCAACCCAGAGGUAGUCGAGUUGUUGGCCACGGUCAUUGCCAACCUAGUCGAGGGCGAGUUCAUGCAGCUCAAGAACACCGAGCGCGACGAGCGGAACCCCAAGUGGUCGGAGGAGACGGUCACAUAUUACCUCCAAAAGACAUAUCUCAAGACAGCCAGUCUCAUCUCCAAAUCGUGUCGCGCGGCGGCGCUCCUCGGAAACUCGGACGCCGUGACGGUCGAGGCGGCAUACUCAUACGGACGCAACCUGGGCCUGGCGUUCCAGCUGGUGGACGACCUUCUAGAUUAUACGCAGAGCGGAACGGAUCUGGGCAAGCCUGCGGGGGCCGAUUUGGAGCUGGGCUUGGCGACCGCACCCCUCUUGUUUGCUUGGAAGCAGAUGCCUGAGCUCGGAGCGCUCGUUGGUCGCAAGUUCGAGCAGGAGGGUGACGUUGCAAAGGCACGUGAGCUAGUGCUCCAGAGCGACGGCAUCGAGCAGACGCGGGCGCUCGCUCAGGACUACGCAGACAAGGCCAUCGACGCCAUUGCGCACUUCCCGGAGAGCGAGGCCAAGGACGGAUUGAUUGAGAUGGCCCAGAAGACGCUCAAGCGCCAGAAGUAA